AUGUCGGCCACUGGAGAAAUGACACCUCAGCCCGCCAUGGACUUUGCUCCUGAGUUGAACAAGAUCGACGCCAACAUGUCUCAUCAAGACGGCUUGGAGGCUUAUACUGCUGUGCAACCGAGCGUGAAUGACAAGGCAUUCGAACCGGUUUCAAUUGAUGAUGCUGCCGGUACCGGCACCGGGAGUGGCAGUGGCAGUGGCAGCGGUAGUGGUAGUGGUGGCAGCAGUGGCGGAGCAGGUCCAAGUGGAAGUCCGAAACCAAAGCCAGGCGGCGGCAGUGGUGGAACGACUUGUGGUGUCCUGUUGACGACACACGCCACUGAGGUCCCUGGUAUGUCGAAGUUGGCACCAGACGAGGACGGUGGUAUCCACGAGCCUAGACAUCCGACCGGGCUUCCACCGCCGCAGGCACAGAACAGCCUUGAUGGACCAGAGCUUGAACCAUGUAUUGCACCCGUCUCCUGCUCCGAGCCGCAGGGGGCCGGCCGGCCAUCUUUCUCAGCUGCAUGGAUCUCCUCUGUUGUUCUCGUGUCGUGCAUGCUUGCAGGCAUGACUUCUGCCACCAAGAUCUGGGAUCACCCUCUCGUCGACCCAUAUCCAGGAAGCGCAGAGAUCACUCCUGGGCGCCCAGACACAACAAGCCGGAUCCCCACCGAUGAGGCCUUCAUGACGAGCACCAUGGCUCCCUUCGCAGAACAGACUCGCAUCAUGGUCCGUAGCGUGGCACCAGCUACAGCCGAUGCUCAGCAUAUCGCUGUCACAGACAACACUGUUUUCUUCUUUCUCGGCUCCCUGGGGUUUUUCCUCGUCGCGGUUAUAUGGCAUCUCUACAUCCGAUAUGGAUGGGACAGAGAUGCUGCCAAGGGAGUUGAUGCUCUGGCGAAGGGAGCAAUGGCCAUGAAUGGCAUGCCAGGAAUGAAGAUGGCUAAUCCGAUGAUGCAAGCUGCUCAGAUGAAGAUGGCCAACCCCAUCGAACUAGCUAGUGCCAUGUCCGCGGGGCAAAAGACACCUCGCAAAAGCAAGGCAGAGAAAGCCAUGGAAGCUGGUGCCGACUUCAAGACUCUCAUGAAUAUGAAAACUGGAGGCCUCAUGAAUCCUGGCGCCGGAAUGCCAAUGCCGAUGCCGAUGCCGAUGCCUAUGCCUAUGCAUGCCGGUAGGCUGAAGGCCUGA